AUGUCAGAUCUGGACGACGAAAUGAACGGUGCUGCUGGAAAUAACCCAAAUGGACCACAACCCGCUGCCAAUGGGCACACCCAGCAAGGUCAGCCGUCGUUGUCAACCGACGUCCUGAUAGUCCAGCUUCUACAACAGCUCCAGCAACAGCAGCAAGCAACGAAUUUACUCAUCCAGCAACAGCAAAGAGCCCAGGAGCAGCAAAAUGCUAGGUUCCAGCUGCAGAAUGAGGCCAUCAACAACAUGCGUACACCGUCUAGCUCGGCAGGGUUACUCGACUCUUUAGCGAGCAAUGUUAAGGAAUUCCGGUACCAGUUAGACGAGAACAUAACCUUCACUGUAUGGUUCUCACUGUAUGAAGAGCUGUUUUCCAAGGACGCGGCUGAGCUGGAUGAUUCUGCCAAGGUGCGUCUACUUAUGCGAAAACUCGGAGUUUCGGAACAUGAGCGUUACACAAGUUUCAUUCUCCCGCAAACUGCAAAAGAUUUCACCUUCGAACAGACAGUCUCAAAAUUAAAGAAUCUGUUCGGAGCUCCAGAAUCAAUCCUGAGCCGCCGCUAUCGUUGCUUGCAGGAAUCAAAAGGACCAACCGAAGACUACGUAAGCUAUGCCUGCCGAAUCAACCGCAGUUGUGUCGAAUUUGAGCUCAGUAGAAUAAGCGAGGAAGAAUUUAAGUGCCUCAUCUUCAUUUUUGGGCUUAAAUCCGAAGUCGACGCAGAAAUCCGAACACGGCUCCUGACCCGAAUGGAGGAAACAAGUGGGAUUACCCUUGAAAAACUAUCGGCCGAAUGUCAGCGUCUUAUCAAUUUACGGCAUGAUACGGAAAUGAUCGAGGGUAGUUCGGUCAACGCUAUAAGAGGGCAGCAGUUUCAAGCCCCAUCUGAAAUCAAACAAUUUCAGACGUCGGAUAAAGCAGCACUCUCUGUUCCAGACAAACGAAUGCCAUCGGGUCCCUGCUGGAAUUGUGGGCAGAUGCAUUUCAAUAGAGAUUGCCCUUUUAAAAGCCACAGAUGUUCGGAAUGCAAUCGGUUUGGUCAUCGAGAGGGCUUUUGUUCUAGCUCUCGCCGGUCAUCAAGGUCUAGACGUCAGCAGAGAAAGAAUGUCAACAACUUCGAGGUCGACAUGAGAACCGUGAGUGUCGCACUGUGUACGGUGAAAAAUAAAAGAAAAUAUGUGUCAGCCGAGCUCAAUGGAACAAAAGUGAAACUCCAGUUCGACACCGCAUCGGACAUAACAGUUGUGUCAAGUGAAACUUGGGGAAAAAUUGGAAAACCGAGCACAAAAACAGCGUCAGUGAAAGCUAAAUCUGCAUCCGGAGAUACUCUGGCUCUACUGUCGGAAUUUGAGUGUUUAGUGAAGAUAAGUGGCAUUUCCCAAAUCUGUACCGUGUUUGUUGUGUCACAAGACUUGAACAUUCUUGGACUGGACCUUAUUGAAAAGUUUUGUUUGGAUUCUGUCCCAAUGGUGAACUUUUGCUAUCAAAUCAGUGAAAAAGUGGACCCUAUCACCAUCCGUCUUAAACGAAAAUACCCGAAAGUGUUCAGUACAGAUUUGGGAAAGUGCACCAAAACCGUAGUGAAGUUGGAUCUGAAACCAGACCGAAGACCAGUGUUUAGACCCAAACGUCCUGUGGCAUACUCGAUGUACUUGGCUGUUGAUGAGGAAUUAGACCGUUUGGAGCACCUUGGUAUAAUUACACCCACUGACUAUUCCGAGUGGGCGGCUCCAAUCGUUGUGGUGCGUAAGGCGAAUGGCAACAUACGGCUCUGCGGCGACUAUUCCACAGGCCUCAAUGAGGCUUUACAGCCGAACCAGUAUCCCCUGCCGCUGCCAAAUGAUAUUUUCAACAAACUGGGUAACUGCAGGGUGUUCAGCAUCGUCGAUAUGUCCGAGUCUUAUUUACAAAUUCCUGUCGAUGAGGCUACGAGUAAGUUGCUGUCCAUUAACACCCAUCGAGGCAUCUAUCAAGUGAAUCGUCUGGCACCGGGUGUCAAAGCUGCACCAGGAAUUUUUCAACAAAUCGUUGACACGCUGCUGGCCGGGCUUUCAAGGACCUGUGGUUAUCUAGAUGACCUGAUUGUGGGUGGAGAAACCGAAGAAGAGCACUGGAACAACCUCCAGGCUUUGUUUGAGCGCUUGGAGGAAUUUGGUUUCACAGUGCGAUUAGAGAAAUGUUCGUUUGGCCGCCAGCAAAUCAAAUAUCUGGGCCAUUUGUUGGAUCACCAUGGAAUCCGCCCAGAUCCCGGCAAAGUCGCUGCCAUCAAGCUUAUGCCUCCUCCCAAUAAUGUCAGCGAAGUACGCUCGUUCCUAGGAGCUAUACAUUUUUACGGAAAAUUUGUUGCUAACAUGAGAGAUCUGCGUUAUCCUCUGGACGAAUUGUUGAAAACCGGAGCAAAAUUUGUUUGGAGCCCCGAAUGCCAAGCAUCUUUCGUCAAGUUUAAAGAAAUUCUUUCGUCAGACCUCCUUCUCACGCACUACAACCCGCAGCUGGAAAUAAUCGUUUCCGCUGAUGCAUCGUCGGUCGGUCUCGGAGCCACAAUUUCGCAUCGAUUUCCCGACGGAACGGUUAAGGUAGUGCAACACGCCUCCAGAGCGCUGGCGCCCGCCGAGCGAAAUUACAGCCAGAUCGAUCGAGAAGGACUAGCCAUCAUCUUUGCUGUUACGAAGUUUCACCGAAUGGUAUUCGGUCGGAAAUUUCGCCUCCAGACAGAUCACGCACCAUUACUGCGAGUCUUCGGUUCGAAAACCGGAAUACCCGUUUACACAGCCAACCGGUUACAGCGCUGGGCGCUUACAUUGCUUCUCUACGACUUCACCAUUGAGUACGUGUCGACAGCAAAGUUCGGCCAAGCCGACAUCCUUUCCCGCCUCAUCAACCAGCAUGCGAAGCCAUCCGAAGAUUAUGUCAUCGCAGCCGUGACCCUUGAAAUUGACGUCAAAUCUGUAACAACAAACACAUUGAAUGCUUUCCCUAUCACUUUUAGUUCGGUCGAGUCAGCAUCGUUAAAGGACCCGGUAAUGAAGCAAGUUUAUCGUUACGUUCAAAAUGGCUGGCCCCUCAAACUUGCCCUCAACAGAGAUGAUGAGUUGCAGCGAUUUUUCGAUCGACGCGACUCCCUAACCACCAUAAACGGAUGCGUUCUUUCUGGCGAACGGCUGGUUAUUCCUGCUACGCUACGGAAGCAAUGCCUAGAACAACUGCAUCUAGGGCACCCAGGCAUUGUUCGAAUGAAAGCUAUCGCCCGCAGCUACGUAUACUGGCCGUCAUUGGACAAAGAAAUAGUUCGAUAUGUGUCUUCUUGUCCCCACUGUGCGAUGGCUUCAAAAUCUCCUGCUAUUGCACCGCCGAUUCUGUGGCCGAAAACAACCCGUCCGUGGCAAAGAGUGCAUAUCGAUUUUGCCGGACCUAUCAGCGAUGAAUACUAUCUUCUUGUUAUCGAUUCUCACUCGAAGUGGCCUGAGAUAGUACCAACAAGCCGGAUCACAUCCACAGCGACAAUUAAUCUGUUACGUAAUAUUUUCGCCAGACUAGGAAAUCCCGAGACCAUUAUCUCAGACAAUGGUUUGCAGUUUACCAGCGCAGAAUUUGACCAAUUCUGUGCCACAAAUGGAAUUUCGCACAUCAGAACUGCACCUUUCCAUCCGCAGUCAAACGGACAGGCGGAAAGAUUUGUCGAUACCUUCAAGCGGGCCAUAAAGAAAAUCACGUCGGAGAGGGGUACGAUAAAAGAAGCACUCGAUGUAUUUUUGCUUACGUAUUGCAGUACACCGAAUCGCUCGAAUCCAGAUUGCUUAUCACCAUCAGAAGUUAUGUUUGGCCGUAAAAUUCGGACUAGUUUGGAGCUUCUUCGCCCGCCCAAUCCCAAACUUCCGUCCUCAGACGCCAAAGUUCGUUCGUUUGAGCAUGGUCAAUCAGUGUACGCCAAGGUCUUCCGGAAUAAUAAGUGGAAUUGGGCUCGAGGAAAUAUUUUGCAGAAAGUGGGCCAAGCCAUGUAUAACGUAACCAUCGAAGGAGGUCGGGUAGUGUCCUCUCACGUGAACCAACUACGUGAACGCCAUGAAGGAACGUCGCUGUUAAACGGCUUUGAACAACCCAAGUCUACCAAACCGCUGCCAGUUGAUAUUUUGCUGGAUGCUUGGAAUCUUCCCGCAUCCUCUGAGACCGAAUCAGAAGAAGCUGUUGCCAAUCCAACAACAUUAAGAGAGCUAGUGAAACUUCCGUCGUUGUCACCAGCUGAUAGUGAGUCUAGCUCUCCAACUAUGGAAUCAUCAAUGUCUGAUGCAGAACAUUCAUCGCCGCAUUUCGAAUCUGCUUCGGCUAGUACUCCUUCAGCAGUUCCUCCACGGCGAUCAACCAGGAAUCGUAAACCACCCCAGAGGUUUCAGGCUUACCUUCGUUAUUAG